AUGACACAUGUGCCACGCCUCAAACACUCCUCACAAGUGGCCCCUGUGUUUAUGAACUCGCGUCUCCAGGGCCUUGUAUACAGCCAUGUUGUUAUUUGCUCUCCAUUUGGUCUUACUGCGGCUGCCUUGCCUUGGCUGCAUUAUGAUUACACUCGGGGGUCAGUGGCAGAUCCUGGAACCGAGGAGGAGGAAGAGGAGGCUCCCCCGCCGGACAUCACGUGGGGGCAGCCUCACUCCGAUACAGCCUACUUCGAUGACGACAUUCCUGCCAACGUCACGGCGGUAGUGGGUCACAAGGCGGAGCUUCCUUGCCGGGUGCACAACUUGGACAAGGAAGAUGUCUCAUGGAUACGACAGCGUGAUUUGCAUAUCCUCACUGUAGGAAUCUUUACCUACACAAGUGAUGAAAGGUUUAAGGUAUUUCAUCCCGAAAAGAGCGACAUCUGGAAUCUGGAGAUAAGUUCAGUCACCUUCAGGGAUGCUGGUGUUUAUGAGUGUCAGGUGUCCACGAGUCCGAAGAUAUUCCUGCCUAUUCUGCUCGGCGUUGAAGUGCAACAAGCGAAGAUUCUCGGGCCAACAGAAGUCUAUAUCAAGAACGGGUCCACAAUAAGCCUCAUCUGCACAGUGAACACCCACUCGGAGAACGUCGGUGUUGUCACUUGGUUCAGGAAUAAUGCUGAGCUCGAUUACGAUUCCCCACGAAUCACUGACUUCUCCUCAAGGGGAGGCGUGAGCAUCGAGAUCGAAAAGACGCUCUCAAGGACGACCUCGAAACUGUACAUCACGAGGGCGAUCAAGAAAGACUCGGGAAACUACACUUGUGCUCCACAGUUUGCUGAAGCUGCGUCCGCCAUCGUUCAUGUGGUUAAUGUAUAG